AGCCAAGUGGCCCACGCGCCGCUCAGCGGAAGGGCGCGAAGCCCUCCAUCUGCACCAACGCUAAAAGUCUGCGGUGAUUGUGGGGCUGGAAAGACUAUCAAGGCUGCGAGUCCUCACCAGUCCCACCUUCGCCCCCACGGCCAGCCCUGCCGACCCCUGAGGGCGAGCGCGGUUCUCAGGGGGUGGCGGGGACCGAGCAGCCCGAGCGCCCUCUUUACCUGGUCGCAGGGGCGCGGCCAGGCAGGGAGGGCGCGGGAGCAUGCGGGCGACGCGGGCCACCGCGCCUUCCCGCCCAGCUCGAGCCAGGAUUCCGAGGCUACUUCUGGAAGCCGCGGCCUGAGGAGGUGCACUCGCCUCCAGCAAGGACCUGAGCUGGGGAAAGGGGCGAAAAUAAAGACGAGGCAAAGUGUCUGAAAUCCCCCCCGCCCAACGUCAUUCAUAAUCCGGCGGACCGGAAAAAAGCGGUUACGUCACUUCCUGCUGUCUCACUAGGAAACGUUCCCCUUCCGACCUGUUGCGGGAACCUUUGUUUCUCUCUUCUUCUGCUGGUUAGGGCGGGGACGGAUUCGAAGAGAGCUACCGGGAACCGACAGAGUGGCGGGGCGGAGCGGUGUUUGCAAUGGCUGCUACUGUGAACUUGGAACUUGACCCCAUUUUUCUGAAAGCACUAGGUUUCUUACACUCAAAGAGUAAAGAUUCUGCUGAGAAGCUAAAAGCAUUACUUGAUGAGUCUUUGGCUCGGGGCAUUGAUUCAAGUUACCGUCCAACUCAAAAGGAUGUGGAACCCCCCAAAAUUUCAAGUACAAAAUCACUUUCUAUUAAGCAAGAGCCCAAAACGUCAUCUAGCCUCCCCUCCGGCAGUAGUAAUGGCAAAGUCCUCACCGCUGAGAAGAUAAAGAAGGAAGCCGAGAAGAGACCUGCUGACAAAAUGAAAGAUGUCACUGAAGGAAUUGAUGUUCCAAAGAAACCUAGAUUGGAGAAACCAGAGACACGAUCUUCUCCCAUCACUGUGCAAACCAGCAAGGAUUUAACUAUGGCUGACCUCUCCAGCUUUGAAGAGACCAGUGCUGAUGACUUUGCCAUGGAGAUGGGAUUGGCCUGCGUUGUUUGUAGACAAAUGACAGUGGCAUCUGGAAACCAAUUGGUAGAAUGUCAAGAGUGCCAUAACCUCUACCACCAAGACUGCCAUAAGCCCCAAGUGACAGACAAAGAAGUCAAUGACCCUCGCCUGGUGUGGUACUGUGCCCGAUGCACCAGACAAAUGAAAAGAAUGGCUCAGAAAACUCAGAAGCCACCACAGAAACCAGCACCCACUGUUGUUUCUGUGGCCCCAACUGUCAAGGAUCCAUUAGUUAAGAAGCCAGAAACCAAACUUAAACAAGAGACAACCUUCCUAGCAUUCAAGAGAACCGAAGUUAAGCCAUCCACGGUUAUUUCAGGAAAUUCUUCUAGUAACAACGUGUCCUCUUCAGUAACUAGUGGCCUAACUGGAUGGGCAGCUUUUGCAGCCAAAACUUCUUCAGCUGGUCCAUCAACAGCAAAAUUGAAUUCAACAGCACAAAACAGUAGUGGAAAACCUGCUACCUCAUCUGCUAACCAGAAGCCUGUGGGAUUGACUGGUCUGACAACUUCAUCCAAAGGUGGAAUAGGUUCCAAAAUAGGUUCUGGUAACAGCACGAGUCCCUCUGUUCCGUUGAAACCACUUCCACCUCUAACCUUAGGCAAGACUGGCCUGAGCCGCUCAGUUAGUUGUGAUAAUGUCAGCAAAGUGGGUCUUCCUAGUCCUAGUAGUUUAGUUCCUGGAGGCAGCAGCCAAUUGAGUGGGAAUGGAAAUAGUGCUACAACGGGGCCCAGUGGCAGUACCACCAGCAAAACCACAUCAGAGACCAGCAGCAGUACCUCAGCAUCUCUUAAAGGUCCAACUUCACAAGAAUCACAGCUCAAUGCAAUGAAGCGAUUACAGAUGGUCAAGAAGAAAGCUGCCCAAAAGAAACUCAAGAAGUAAUAUGGUCAAAUAGGUUUUUAUAUCAUAUUACUCUAAAAAUUAAAAAAAAAAUUCUUACUGGGACAAAAGUUGUAACAUACUGUAACUUAAUAAAAAUCUUGAUCAAAUCUCUAUUUGUUACAUUAAAAUGCUAAUAUUAUUUAGCCAAACUUGGAUCUAUUUAUUUCAAUCUGUUUAGCAUUUUUAAUUUCCAUAGUGUGUGAAAAUAUUAUUAUGAAUGAUUCAUGACGAGAACUUCAGAAAAUUGAUGGCACAUGCAGAUGUAGAGAAAUGGCACACCUGUAUCUUCUGGGUGACAGAGACAACUCAAUAGAAAGUGUUCCAGUGUUUAUAUCUGAGAUGUUCAAUGUCAGCCAUUGUCUCCGUGUUAGCUGAUGUCUCUUUCCAGUUAUCAAAAUUAGUUUUGAUAAGUGGUUUCUCAUAGCUCACUGACAUGGCUUUAGCUCUCCAUCCCCCGUUAUCAGUUACUUAGGGAAUUAUUUCUUCCAGUAGAUUAUGAACACUCAUGUCCAUUUAAUAUGAUAUACCUUCUCACGUUCCCCACUUUCCAUGCCUGGCCAGUGUGCGGAUAUGUGCACAUAUGUACAUUUAAUAAAUGCCGACCUGACUCA